UACUUUCACUUUCGCAUGCUACCUGUAUCGGCAACGAUUUGCAAACGUUUCUUACACUUAACAUUGAAAAUGUCUUUUAUUUCUGUUGCACCAGACAGCGACUUUCCAAUACAAAAUUUACCUUAUGGAGUAUUUUCAACUUCAGCCAAUCCUAACAAGCGUAUUGGAGUUGCUAUUGGAGAUUACAUUUUGGACUUGUCUGAGGUGAAGCAUCUGUUCACUAGCGCUGAGCUGCAGCAUGCAUUCGAGCAGUCAACUCUUAAUGCCUUUAUGGGCUUGGGUCGCAGUGCUUGGAGUGAAGCUAGGCAGACUCUGCAGAAGGUCUUAUCUGAGUCCGAACCUGUCCUUCGCGAUGAUGCUGUACUAAGAUCAAGAUCCCUUGUGUUACAAAAUCAUGCAACCAUGCACCUCCCAGCUGCUAUUGGCGACUACACAGAUUUCUAUUCAUCGAAAAACCACGCCUUCAAUGUUGGUUGCAUGUUCCGUGAUCCGCAGAAUGCCCUCAAUCCUAACUGGACACAUCUACCAGUAGGUUACCAUGGGAGAGCCUCGUCUGUCGUUGUGUCUGGGACUCCAAUUCGUAGACCAAAUGGUCAAACCUUGCCUGAUGAAAAGUCGCCCCCAGUGUUUGGACCGUGCAGGCUGUUUGACUUUGAGCUGGAGACGGCUUUCUUCACUGGCCCAGCCACGUUGCUGGGGAACCCAGUCACAAUGGAGAAGGCUGAGGACCACAUCUUUGGGAUGGUGUUGAUGAACGACUGGAGUGCUCGGGACAUCCAGAAAUGGGAGUACGUUCCCCUGGGUCCAUUCCUAGCCAAGAACCUGGGGACAACCAUUUCUCCCUGGGUUGUGACUAUGGAUGCCCUCCGACCUUUCAUUGCCCCCAACAUGACCCAGGAUCCUGUGCCUCUGCCUUACCUGCGUCACGCUGACGAUUACAAUUUUGAUAUCAAGUUGGACGUGUCAAUCUUGGCCGAUGGUAUGAACAAGCCAGCUGUAAUCACAAGAUCCAAUUUUAAAUACAUGUACUGGACCAUGAAACAACAACUGGUCCACCACACAGUCUCUGGAUGCAACAUUAACCCCGGGGAUCUGAUGGGCUCAGGAACUAUUUCUGGCGAGACACAAGACUCCCUGGGAUCUAUGCUGGAACUCUGCUGGAAAGGUACCAGAACUGUUGACCUGGGCAACGGACUGACCAGGAAGUUUCUGCAAGAUGGGGAUGAGGUCAUCUUUCAUGGCUACUGUGAGGGCAACGGCUAUCGUGUGGGAUUUGGCACCUGCACAGGUAAAGUCCUGCCUGCCCACCCCAUCACCUGUUGAGUUCCACCAGCCGCCUGUGUUGUGAGGGUUAAGAUGGCCGCCCCUGACCUAUCAACUCUGUGAGGGUCAAGAUGGCUGCCCUGACCUAUGAACUCUGUGAGGGUCAAGAUGGCCGACACUGACUUCUCACCUCUGUGCUUGCUCAUCUUUGUUGAAAACAUUUUGUUACUUUUUUUUUUUUGUUGAUGCUGCUAGCCUUUAGGUCAAAUCAAGUUUUAAAAUUUUUUGUUCUUUAAAAAAAAUCAUCUAUGUUUCUGGAUAGGUUUUUUUUUCUUUUUUGGUUUUCUAAAAGUUAGGCAAUUUUAAAUAUGUAGGAGCUCAGCUUAAAACUUAAUUAAAUUAGACGAAAAUUAAGUUUUAGCAUCUUGUUAUUCUGCUAGGAUUAUCACUGAAAUCGGAAGAAAAACCAGGAAUACAAUUUAACAAAUAUAAAUUAAAAAAAAAAAGAAUACAAAUUCAAAAGAAAACAUGCAUGGAAAUAAAAAAUACAGAAAUACAAAUAAAAACAAGUGGAAUAUAAUGCUCAAUAUUUACGCUAAUUGGGUGUGGGAUGUCUUGUUUCAGAAUAUUUACUCAGCACAUAAAUACAGUUCUAUUGAGGACUUGUUUAACUGUAUACAGACUUCAUCGGUUGUGCUUAGUUUUUUAGUGACAUCAUUUUGAUUAAGUUACUUUGUUAUGUCAUCUUCCUGUGUUCUAUGUUGGUUUAUAAGUCAUAUUUUGUAUACACAUAUUUUAAGAUAUUUACUGAAGGAUUUUUAUUUGAGACGGUUAUAUUAUGUUGAUAUUUGUUGAGAUGUAAACUUUGUUAAUUAACCUAGGGUUGAUCCUACAACAUUUGUUGAGAUGUAAACUUUGUUAAUUAACCUAGGGUUAAUCCUUGUUGAGAUGUAAACUUUGUUGAUUAACCUAGGGUUGAUCCUACAUUUGUUGAACUGGUCUUGAUGUAAGGAAUUAUUGUUAUAAUGGAAUCUAGUGAUCUGUUUUCUCAUGUUUUAUAAUUAAUGAAUUAAUUUCAUCGUGCCUUCUGUGUGACAUGGUCAACUGUCAUGUGGCAUAGUCUAAUGUCAUAUGGCACAGUCUACUGUCAUGUGGCAUAGUCUAAUGUCAUGUGACAUGUACUGUCAUGUGACACAGUCUAAUGUCAUCACAUGACACAGUCUACUGUCAUAUAGCACAUUCUAAUGUCCUCAUGUGACACUGCCUACUGCCAUCAUGUCAAGCUAAAACAUUCCAUCUUUCAUACAACUAAAUAAACAUAUGGAAGAAU